AUGUGGCAAUUGCGGCUCCUAGGCCAGGUCAUUCCCGCGUUCGGGGCGCUCGCGAGGGACUUUAUCGAGUCUGACGUCGAGGAUGCGAGACUGUGCCAGGACGCCAACGACUGCUACUCCGACAUAGUGUCACUCGGCCUAGCGCUGUCCGUAUCACGGAGGGAGUGGGCUGCUGGUAUCGACGAUAAGGAUCUCACAAAGUUACUACAAGCUUUAGAGAGUCGGAUCCCAACCAGAAGGAACCCGUUCGGCUUCUUCAAGCAAAAACCGGCACAGUUUACACAAGGCCAGGCAGAAGAAUUCCCGAAAUUAGAACAACUCUGCCGCUCUAUCGAGUUGAAGGGUCUGGGUGGCCUCGAAGAAUGCUCGGCAUUACUAGACCAGUCGGCCAAGCACCAGAAGAUAUACUUGGCACUUCUCGGAUCUGAUGUGAGACUAUUCCACGCAAAGGAACAGCAAAAUGGUGACAAACGCGCCAAAUUUCUCGUCCGCGUCAAACGAGCUGCGGCUCAUCUUCUUGACGUGUACUGCAGAGACCCGCACUCUGGGCAAGACAUCGAGGAUUUGAGUCUUUCUCAACAUCCUAGUCAUGGAAUGAAGGAGUUGGCUGAUAAAGUCUACGGGCUCUUGGACCAUCACUGGAAGUGCGAGUGUUCCCAUCGAGGAGCACGGCCAACCGGAUCGAGGCAGGCAAGACUCAGCCUAAUUCGAUACCGCCAGUUGGCGGACCAGAUUGCAUCAAAAGCCAUCGCACAACAGGCACAUCUAUCAGUCAACUUUGAAAUUCUGUUACCUGUCUGUAGGGACAUUGUCGAGUGGAAAGUGACCAAUUUCGAAGUCGAGAAAUCCCGGUCUAAAGAGACAUGCGACGAUUUUCGGAAACCAGUCGACAAAGAUAUUUGUCCGUGGCUACUACAAAGCAAACGGUUUCGAGUGGAUUUUGUGGCUGAAAACGAGAAGCUAUGGCAUCUCAAGCCAGAGCUUCUAGAUGGCGUCAAUCAGCACACCACCAUGGAGUCUCUUCACCAGCUACUGGGAGACGAUGCUAAGACGUCUCAAAUCGCGAAGUAUACCUCACGAGAUCAACUACUUCUUUGUUACGGCCUCGCCAACUCGAUGCUGUACCUCUACCCAGGUUCCUGGCUUCAAACAGCUUGGAGCAGCAACAUGGUUUACUUCAUCCGCCGCGUGAGUGACUCGACGUCGACUCUCCUAACAUUUCCAUACCUUGCCGUGGAGAUCCAAAAACCGCAUGCAGAUGCCCAAAAUGUCGAUCAUAUGCAAUACCACGCUCACCCGGUCAUAUUAGCUCUUGGGAUCAUGUUUCUUGAGAUCGCAACUGGCGUUAGAUUCAAGAGAUCUCCUGGUCUCACCUCCUGUGAGCAGUGGAACACGGACGGACCUGAAGCUUUCCAACUUCUCAAGGAUUUGGAAAGGCAAGGUCGACAUAGCCGCUCCAAGCGAUUGCCCACUGCGCUUCGAGAUGUUAUCCGCGCAUGCCUGAUUUUAAAGCCACCAUCAGAUUUUCCAAGCAAGACCCUACUAGAAGAAGGCCCGAUCCGACACUACAUCCUAUCAUGCAUUGUUCACCCUUUGGCAACUGAGCUUAAAGUACGACACAAUGUUCGCCUAGAGGAGCUUCAUGACAAACUAGCCCCCGAGGUCGACCUUGAUGGUCCUGACAACUUCGUACGCAAGGGCAUUACUCGAGUACCUUCAACUCCAAUCAGUCCUGUUUCCCAUUCCAAUGAAAUUGGCCGCUUGGUACGAGAAGAUUCGCUGAAACCCGAGACAUGCUUUAGUGGUGGUGCCGAAGAGUCCAUUGAUGCAGCUAAAAAAUCAUCGGCACUAAAGUGGUUUCAAUGGCACAAUGAAGCGUUGUGUCGAAUUGACACUUUGCGAAAUCCCCGCCUUUCUGGCGAUAAACGGAUCAAGAUUGCCAUUUUAGACAGUGGCAUUGAGCUGUCGCAGGACAACCAAGAUAUUUAUAACAACACGUCUGAAAUUAAAUAUCAGAGUUGGGUCGACGAAGAAGAUGAGUGGAAAGAUCAAGUAGGGCACGGCACGCAUCUCGCGACAUUGCUUCGCAAGAUUGCUCCGAAUAGUCUCAUUCAUGUUGCGAGGGUGUAUAAAAAGAAGCCCACGAUGAAAAAAUCGGCGGCGUGCAUCUCGGAGGCUAUCCGACACGCAGUAGACAAGUGGAAGGUCGACAUCAUCGUCAUGUCAUUUGGCUUUGAGGAAGAAGAAGAAACCCUGUCUGAAUCGAUCAAUUAUGCGGCUCACAACAAUGUCUUGAUGUUUGCAGCGGCAUCCAACGACGGCAAAAACCGACCGGACGGAGUCGCAUGGCCAGCGAGGGACAUGAAUGUCAUCUGCGUGCAUUCCGCCGAGGGAUACGGAACCCCAUCAACAUUUACACCGAGUCCACGAGAUAACCAAAAAAUCAUGGUCCUUGGCGAAUGUGUGAGGUCUGCAUGGCCACAGCAUCUCAAGUCUCCCGGUGAUCACAAGCACAUGAGUGGCACAUCUUGUGCAGCACCUAUCGCCGCUGGCAUCGCGGCAAUCCUUCUCGAUUAUUCAAAGGGGUUUUUAGAGGUGGAUAAGUGGAAUAAGCUUCACCGAGUCGAUUUCAUGAGGCGCAUGUUCGAAAAGAUGAAGGAUCCGGGUCUGCAGGCUGGGUACUGGUGGGUUCAACACUGGAAGUUGUUUGAUGAUAAGCGGAGCGAAGCAUGGAUUCAAGAUGAGAUCAGGAGUGUUCUCUAUAAUUACUAG